UUUUGAAGGUCUUAUCUUUCGCUACAUCGCAAAAUUGCAAUCACGCUUUGUUUAAAAAAGUUUCAGUUGUAUCUGAUAUGGAUUACGGUGUUGUUCAAGCUGCCUUUGCGGCAGAUGAUUGUAAAAUUUUGGCAGGUUUUUAUGUUGAUCUUGCCAGGCAACUAAAUGAGCAAGAUGAGAUAUCGCUUGAGCAACUAUUGGGUGCCAUAAGUAGCUCGUCAAACAGCAUUAGCAGAAAUUAUUGCGCGGAAACUUAUAUUCCUUUGGCUGUUCGAAAUCAAAAGGAAAAAUCGUGCAUAGCUUUGAGAUCAGAAGCUUCAGGGAAUUGCUUGUACAGUUCCGUGUCUUUGUCUCUGCUUGGUGAUGAUGGUGCAUUUUGUUUGUCAUGCGUGCUUUUUGGUCAUCGCUUCCCUGGUUUGCCUUUGCGUGGCCACCGUGAUGAUGCUAAAUAUCAUCCAGAGAUAAACUUAAAGACCUUGGCUUGCCAAUUGAAGACUGUCGCGGACAAGGUUAUGAUGGUGCGGGUGCUGUUGCAGGUUGUGUUAAAGGUUUGGCUGCCCAAAUUUUGAAGCUCAACUCGAAAGCAUUAUAUACCCACUGUUAUAGUCAUAGGCUUAAUUUGUCAGUUUGUGAUUCUUUGUCAGAUAUUGAGGUUAAGAAAGUACUUAACAAAAUAAAAGAUGUGACAAAUUUUA